ACAGUUGACAGUCUUCAAAAAAGUCAUCUAGACUGCCCCCGCUGACAGGAAGGCAUAGUGAACAGGUGAGUUGGUAGUUUGCCUUUAAAGAUAUUCAGUUAAAGAGAGCGACGUUCUUAAAAGUACCCAUCAUCCCUGCAGGGUUCUUGUAGGAGAAUCAACUUAACAAGCUUGCCUCCAAGGUCUCUUAAAACUCUAGACAACUGUGAAUCUGUGAUUCUAAGCCAAAUAAACAUGGUCUCUUCCCACCACUCAAUCUUCAUGUGCUUUUGUUCUGUCAGGAUGGAAUGAUUAAAUUUUUAUACAUGAAAAAUAGUAGAAUUCAUCGCUGUCAAGAAGUUGUACACCUAUAAAAAGUUGUACUGGCAAAAGUUGUGUGAUAGAUAUAUUUACGACAAUGACCAAAAAAUUAAAUGGGCAAUAAAGAUACUCCCCUGAGAAUACUGGAAGCAGGAAACUAACAUGCUGAGGCUACUUAUGUAUGAUAAAAAACCUCAUGGGAUUUGGUUCCUUGGUUUGGAGGCUUAGGGUCAUGGUUUCAUGGGACAUCCCAGUUAAUGGACCUAAUAAUGUGUUUAGUGCUUCUGUUCUACCUCCUAGUUCACUGCAUAGUGCCUGGGGUCUUAAAAGCUUGCAAACAGCCAUCUAAGGCACAACAAUUGAUCUCUAUUCACCAGAGCAACAGAGGAAGAAGAGUCUGGAAUAGAAGGAGGAUAUGGAAUGUGUGGCUAAUUGCCACAACGAACAACUGCCUUGAGACCAGAAGAACUGGAUGGUGCCUGGCUACCAUUACGGAAUAUUUUGAUCAAAAAUUCCAUGGAAGAAUCCUGAUCAAAAGGAGUAAAAUACAGAACAGAAUUUCAAAUUCUCAUGGACUCCAGACUUUCUGGAGCCAUGGAGGCUGGAUGAACCCCUGAAACUAUUACCCUGAGGAUUAGAAAAGCUCUUGGGAGGCACAUUAAUCUUGCCGGCGUUGUCAGGAGUGAUCACCGAGUUUUAUUAAAAGACUCAGCGUUGCCUGAAAGGCCUCCUUGUCUGCGUUUGAAAUGAAAGGGGCAUGUUGAGACCCCCGGGCACACCUUUGGGACCCCUGGCCUGACCCCGUGUACUCUGAGCUGGCCCUCCUGGAGGACACACAGAGGACUCUUUUGUGUCAGGGAUCUCGCUGGCGGAUGGACAAGCUGCCCCCUGUCAGCAUGGCCUCUCAGGGAUGGGGUGGGCCCAGCACCCUGCUGGCCCUGCUGCUGCUGCUCCUGCUCCUGGGCCGGGCCAGCCCCACCUUUGUCAGUGUGAACCUCGGAGUGACAGUGAUGAAGGGUCACUCCGCCUACCUGUCAGGGGACAACCUGAAGUUUGCUGUCCCCAAAGAGAAAGAUGCCUGCAAAGUGGAAGUGGUAAUGAAUGAGCCCAUCACCCAAAGGGUUGGGAAACUCACGCCGCAGGUAUUUGACUGCCAUUUUCUUCCCAAUGAAGUAAAGUAUGUUCACAAUGGCUGCCCAAUUCUUGAUGAAGACACAGUGAAGCUUAGACUUUAUAGGUUUACUGACACAGACACCUUCACGGAAACCUUUAUCCUGCGGAUCUAUCUCCUGGAACCAGACUGUAACAUUAUCCAAAUGAGUAGCAGUGUGCUGGAGGUGUCUGAAUUCUAUGGUCUGUCCCGGGCCAUCGAUAAGAACUUGCUCAGCUUUGAUUAUGGUAGGGCAGCUAACCUGGAGUGUACUGUCAGGCUGGACCCUGUGGGAACCUGGCUGCCCGCCCACGGCCAGAUGGUCCUGGUGGAGCCUGGAGCAGAGGAACCUCGUGGAGAUCAGCCACACAGUUUUCUCCCUGAGUCCCAACUGGGAACAGAACUGAGGUGUCCAGGUGGAAGCUGUACCAUAGGACUGAAGAAAGUAGGAAGUCUCAAAGUGAGCUGUGAGGAGUUCCUGCUGAUGGGACUUCGAUAUCAACAUCUGGAUCCCCCUUCACCCAACAUUGAUUACAUCUCCAUCCAACUGGACCUCACAGAUAGCAGGAGCAAAAUCAUAUAUAAGUCAGAGAGUGCGUGGUUACCUGUCCACAUCAGAGCCGGCAUUCCGAAUCAGGUUCCAAGGGCUGCUUUCACGGCCACGUUUAUUCUGGAAGUGGAUCAGUUCAUCCUGACCUCUCUGACCACAUCGGUUCUGGACUGUGAAGAUGAUGAGACCCCCAAAUCCUUGCUGGUGUUCAACAUCACUAAACCCCCACUCCAGGGCUAUAUGACUCACCUGUUGGAUCACACCAAACCCAUCACCUCCUUCACCUGGAAAGAUCUAAAUGGCCUGCAGAUUGCCUACCAGCCACCAAACAGCAGCCAUUCUGAGAGGAGGAAUUACGAGGUGGAGUUGGAAGUGUAUGACUUCUUCUUUGGAAAGAGCACACCGAUUACAGUCCACAUCUCCAUCAGAACUUCAGAUACAAAUGCCCCGCGAGUAUCCUGGAACGCAGGUCUGAAUCUCUUGGAGGGGCAAUCUCGGGCUAUCACUUGGGAACAAUUUCAGAUUGUAGACAAUGAUGACAUUGGCGCUGUCCGUCUAGUCACCGUUGAUGGACUACUACAUGGAAGUAUUACACUAAGAGGUGGAAAAGGAUUUCUCUUCACCGUUGCUGACCUACAGGCUGGAGUUGUUCGCUAUCAUCAUGAUGACAGUGAUUCCACCAAAGACUUUGUGGUCUUUAGGAUCUUCGAUGGCCACCACAGCAUCCGCCAUAAGUUUCCCAUCAACAUCUUGCCCAAAGAUGAUAGUCCGCCGUUCCUUAUAACCAAUGUCGUGAUUGAACUGGAGGAGGGACAGACUAUACUGAUCCAGGGUUCUAUGCUGAGAGCUUCAGACAUGGAUUCUAGUGAUGACUACAUCUUCUUUAAUAUCACAAAACCCCCACAGGCUGGAGAGAUCAUGAAGAAGCCAGGACCAGGACUGAUAGGCUAUCCUGUUCCUGGCUUCCUUCAGAGAGACCUGUUUAAUGGGAUCAUUUACUACCGUCACUUUGGUGCAGAAAUCUUUGAAGAUUCUUUUGAAUUUGUCCUGUGGGAUAGCCAUGAACCUCCAAAUCUUUCAGUGACUCAAGUGGUGACAAUCCAUAUUACGCCAGUGGAUGACCAGCUUCCAAAAGAGGCUCCUGGAGUUUCUCGGCAUUUGGUUGUCAAGGAAACCGAGGUGGCCUACAUAACUAAGAAACAGCUACAUUUUAUAGAUACAGAAUCCUAUGAGAGGGAGCUGCUUUACACAAUAACAACGCCUCCAUUUUUCUCUGUUAGCCACAGACAUUUGGAUGCUGGGAAAUUAUUCCUGGUGGACAGCAUACCAAAGCUAACCAAAAACCCUACAGCCCUGGGGCUGAGGUCAUUCACUCAGCAUGCUGUGAACUAUAUGAAGGUGGCCUACAUGCCACCCAUGCAAGACAUAGGCCCUCAUCCCCAACAUGUCCAGUUCACGUUUUCCAUCAGUAACCAACAUGGUGGCAUUUUGCAUGGAAUCUGCUUUAACAUCACCAUUCUCCCAGUGGACAAUCAAGUGCCUGAGGUCUUUACCAACCCUCUGAGAGUGGCAGAGGGAGGUCAGUGUGUCAUCAGCACAGAACACAUUCUGGUUUCUGAUGCGGAUACUAAGCUGGACAAUAUCUACCUCUCCCUCCAGCGACCACCUCUCCAUGGAAGGGUGGAACUUAAUGGAUUGCCUCUAAACACGGGAAGCACAUUUUCUUGGGAAGACCUUCAUGCCUUAAAAAUUAGGUAUCAGCAUGAUGGAUCUGAGGUUCUUCAGGAUGACAUACUCUUGGAGGUCACAGAUGGCACAAAUUCCGCAGAAUUUGUUCUACACAUCAAGGUAUUCCCUGUAAAUGAUGAGCCACCAGUCCUAAAGGCUGACCUCAUCCCCAUGAUGCAUUGCUCAGAGGGUGAAGAGGUGGUCAUCACCUCUGAAUACAUUUUUGCUACUGAUGUGGACAGUGAUGACUCGAGACUGGUGUUUAUGAUUGCACGGAAACCUCAGCAUGGAGUGGUGAGGAAAGCUGGAAUUAUAACAGAUCAGUUCUCUCAGGGAGAUGUUAUCUCAAGAGCUGUGACGUACAAACACACAGGUGGCGAGAUUGGCCUGAUGCCCUGUUUUGACACCAUUACAUUGGUGGUUUCGGAUGGACAAGCUGGCCCUUUCGUGAAUGGCUGUUGCUACAGUGGGGCUCACCCAUCUGUCCCUCUUCAUGAGUCUUUCCCAGUGUAUGACCUCAACAUCACAGUACAUCCAGUGGACAACCAGCCACCUUCCAUUGCAAUCGGUACCAUGUUUGUUGUAGAUGAGGGUCUCUCAGCCUCGGUAACCAUUAACCAUUUGUCCGCCACUGACCCUGACACUGCAGCAGAUGACUUGGAGUUUGUUUUGGUUUCUUCACCCCAGUUUGGUUACAUUGAAAACACACUCCCUUCUGCAGGUUUUGAAAAAAGCAAUAUGGGCAAAAGUAUAGCUUCAUUCCAGUGGAAAGACAUGAAGGCAUUGCACGUUAACUAUGUGCAAUCAAAGCAUCUGAGAAUAGAACCAACCGCUGAUCAGUUCAUGGUGUACGUCACAGAUGGGAAGCGACGCUCCUUGGAAAUACCAUUUCACGUUAUAAUCAACCCCACAAAUGAUGAAGCUCCUGACUUCAUAGUGCAGAAUAUUACUGUACGGGAGGGUCAGAUGAGAGAGCUGGGUUCUUCUGUUAUCAAUGCCGCUGACCUGGACAUCCCCAAGGACUCCUUGCUGUUCACCAUCACUCAUGAACCUCGCCAUGGCCUCCUCAUCAACGGGGUGUUUAGUGAAGGCCUCCCUCAGUAUAAACAGCCAGCAAACCCUGACCAGAAGCAUCACCUUGUUCACAACUUUUCCAUGGAACUUCUCAAGACUGGAAUGAGGUUGCUGUAUGUACAUGAUGACUCUGAGAGCCUUGCUGAUGACUUCACAAUCCAGUUGUCAGAUGGGAAAUAUAAACUAGUUAAAACCAUUUCAGUAGAGGUCACCCCAGUUAAUGAUCAGAAACCAGUGUUGACCAAGCAUUUUCCUUUUCCCAGGAAGGCAGAAAUUGUGAUGAAUAUGGGUGAAACUCGUAUUAUUUCCAAUGCUGUUCUUUCGGCCACAGAUGAAGACUCACCUAGGGAGAAGAUUUACUACUUAUUUGAAAGGCUUCCCCAAAAUGGGCAACUUCAGCUUAAGAUAGAGAGGGACUGGGUCCCGCUCUACCCUGGCAUGAAAUGUACUCAGGAGGAAGUGGACCUGAACAUGCUGAGAUACACACACACUGGGGCAGUGGAUUCCCAGAACAAAGACAGCUUCACCUUCUACCUGUGGGAUGGUGACAACAGGUCACCAGCAUUUGAGUGUCACAUCACCAUCAAGGACAUUGGAAAAGGUGAUAUCGUCAUCCUUGCAAAGCCCCUCGUGGUGUCUAAAGGUGACAGAGGUCUCUUGACGACCACCACUCUCCUUGCUGUAGACGGGACAGACAAGCCUGAGGAACUGCUCUAUGUCAUCACUUCCCCCCCGCAGUAUGGCCAGGUUGAAUAUGUCCGCUAUCCUGGAGUCCCCAUUACAAGCUUCAGCCAAAUGGACAUAGCAGGACAGACAGUCUGUUACAUACGUAAGAGCCUAGUGGUUGCCCCCAGUGACACAUUCAGAUUCAUUGUCAGCAAUGGACUGCGGACGAAGCACGGGGUGUUUGAGGUCACACUGGAGACUGUGGACAAAGCCUUGCCGGUGGUGACGAUGAACAAAGGAUUGAGACUGAUCAAAGGCGCCACAGGCCUACUUACCCCUGACCUCCUUCAGCUGACUGACCCUGACACUCCACUGGAGAAACUCACCUUCCUCCUGGCCCAGCUCCCACAACAUGGCCAACUCUUUCUGCGGGGCACAGCGCUGCUUCAUCCCAAUUUCACUCAACAGGAUGUGGACAGCAAGAACGUGGCUUAUAGGCACUCAGGAGGGGACUCCCAGAUUGACCAAUUUACUUUUACAGCCACAGAUAGGACAAACCAAGGCUUUGUUGUGGAUGGGAGAGUGUGGGAAGAACCUGUUUCAUUCACCAUCCAGGUGGACCAGUUGGACAAAAUGGCGCCCCACAUCACAUACUUGCGUUCCCCUUCUCAAGUGGGACUCCUGAAAAAUGGCUGUUACGGGAUUUACAUCACCUCCCGUGUGCUGAAGGCCUCUGACCCAGACACCGAGGAUGAUCAGAUCAUCUUUAAGAUUUCACAAGGCCCACAACAUGGACAUCUGGAGAACACAACAACGGGUGAAUUUAUCCAUGAAAAAUUUAGCCAAAAGGACUUAAACAGUAAGACCAUUCUUUACAUCAUAAAUCCAUCUCGGGAAGUAAAUUCGGAUGUCAUGGAAUUUCAAAUCAUGGACCCUACAGGGAACUCUGCCCCUCCUCAAAUCUUGGAAUUGAAGUGGUCUCAUAUUGAAUGGUCACAGACUGACUAUGAGGUCUGUGAGGAUGUGGGCGUGUUCCCCUUGGAAAUCACCAGAACGGGAUUCCUCAUGGACUCGGCCUUUGUGAGUGUGAAGGUCAACCCAGUGUCAGCUACAGUUGGAAAAGAUUUCACUGUGACUCCAUCUAAGCUGAUUCAGUUUGACCCAGGAAUGUCAACUAAGAUGUGGAAUAUAGCAAUUACCUAUGACGGAUUAGAGGAAGAUGAUGAGGUCUUUGAAGUAAUUCUGAACUCCCCAGUGAAUGCGGUUCUUGGCACAAAGACAAAAGCUGCAGUGAAAAUUUUGGACUCAAAAGGAGGACAGUGCCAUCGUUCAUAUCACUCCAACCAAAACAAGCACAAAGCGAGAGAGAAGGGCAUUUGGCAUCCACUGCACCGAGGGUCUUCCUCACCCACCACUUCUGGUUCCUUUCAUUUGGAAAGAAAACCCUUUGUAUCUUCCAUGAGACUAGCAGUCACCAGAGGAGACAGCCCACGGGGCUUUGAUUCUACGGAUCUUUCUCGAAUGAGGCUUCGGCCCCGUGGGAAUGGCAGAACAAUUCAUCCCUCCUCUGUUUACAGAAAUGGAACAGACAUCAUCUAUAAUUAUCAUGGGACAGUUUCUCUGAAACUGGAGGAUGACAGUUCCUCCACUCACAAACGGAAGGCCAAAGUCUCUGUCAUUAGCUGCCCACAGAAGACAAUCAAAGUGGCAGAACUGCCUCAAGCAGAUAAGGUGGAAUCCACAACUGACUCACACUUCCCCAGACAGGAUCAGUUGCCCUCAUUUCCAAAGAACUGCACUCUGGAAUUAAAGGGUCUCUUCUAUUUUGAAGAAAGCCUCCAAAAGCUGUAUCAGUGCAAUGGGACAGCCUGGAAAGCCUGGAGCCCCCAAACUAAGGAGGUGGAGGACAAACCCUGCCCAGCUGGGUGGCACCAUCACUCAGGCUACUGCCACUCCUUGAUCACGGAGCAGAAACGCACCUGGACUGCAGCUGCCCAGGCUUGCAGGGAAGAACACCUGGGUAGCCUUGUAACUGUCCUCACAAGGCAGCAUAUGCGAUGGCUCUGGGACAUCAGUGGAAGGAGGCCCUUCUGGAUAGGUUUGAAUGACCAAGUACAUGCUGGCUACUGGGAGUGGAUUGGUGGUGAGCCUGUCACCUUCACCAACUGGAGGAAAGUGACCCAUCAGCAUUCAAAGCCUGGAAAGAACUGUGUUUUGGUUCAUAGACAAGGGAAAUGGCAAACAAAGGACUGUAGGCAGGGCAAACCUCACAGUUAUAUAUGCUCCAGGAAACUCUAAUGUAACUGUCCUUCUAGGCUUACCUGGGAUUUCUCACCUAUUUAUUUAUAGGACUUGUGAACAUUGCUCAAGAGAAAACCAACUGUCAUGACUUAUUUCUUACAUUUUUAAAAUCGUAUUUUAUGAGUGAUUCUCUCUAGUUAAAAAUGGAACAUAAAUUAAUUGUUCCAGAAAGAUCGAUAAAUGAGUAUUUCUUACAAGAUGAGAUACAAUUUUUGCAUCUCAAUACCUUCUAAGAAAAAGCCUGAAGUAUUAUAAGAUGUAAGAUUUGCUUAUUCCAGGUGACACCCUCAGCCCCUAAAUCUCAGGCAGCACCAAUAUCAUGGUUCUUGGAAUUUUUUUUUGUUCCAUUACCUCAAAUGAGUCCUUUCUGAAAUCUAUAUUGCAGGAUCUCCUGUCUGAGUGAAGCUGACCCUACCAGUUCAUUUAACCAAGGUUGAACUGCAAAAGGCUAGUUUUUCCCUUUGAAGCCCUUUUAAGUGUGCAACCUGAGAUUAGAGGCUGCGGAUGGAAAGAAAGGAGAAUUCUUUCUUUAAAAUGUGUUGUGGAAAAGGAAGGCUUUAAAUGGGAGAACCACUCUGUGGCAGCUUAUCUGCAAGGCUCUAGUUCAGGUAAGCAUUCAGGGUGCUCCCUGUACCUCCAAUGUCUCCACAUCACUAUCGCCUUUUCCAAUAAGAAUGCCGGCUAAUAUCUUUCCAAAGUUAAUAAUUGGGCUUCCCCAACCUUUCAGAAUCAUGAGAAUUUGGAAGUACUAUGAGUCUCUCUCUUUGUCCACAUGUAUAUGUAGUACUGACUGGCAUUUCUCAAGGACAUUUGAAAUAGUAUAUAUGAAUGAUGGUUGACAUAUGGAAGAAAAAUAUAGCUUCCUCAGAAGUGUGCCAGUGAACUAUGCUGAUGAACAAAGAAAAGUAAUAUUGAAAACAGAGCCCUUGAAAGCCUAUAUUCUUGGAAAAAGAUUUCACUGCAAUUGUGAGCCCUUAAAUCUUUGCAGAAAUGCCAUGCUAACUUGAUUCUCUAGUGUAAAGGUAUCUUAUUAAUUUUUUUUAUUGUGCUUUAAGCGAAACUUUACAAAUCAAGUCAGUCUCUCAUACAAAAAUUUAUAUACACCUCGCUAUAUACUCUUAGUUACUCUCCCCCUAAUGAGUAAGCACAGUCCUUCUCCCCACUCUGUAUUCCCCCAUGUCCAUCAGCCGGCUUCUGUCCCCUUCUGCCUUUUCAUCUUCCCUCCAGACAGGAGCUGCCCACAUAGUCUCAUUCAUGUGUCUACUUGAGCCAAGAAGCUCACUUCUUACCAGUAUAAUUUUCUAUCUCAUAUUCCAGUCCAAUCCUUGUCUGAAGAGUUGGCUUUGGGAAUGGUUCCAGUCUUGGGUUAACAGAAGGUCUGGGGACCAUGACCUCUGGGGUCCCUCUAGUCUCAGUCAGACCAUUAAGCCUGGUUUUUUACGAGAAUUUGAGGUCUGCAUCCCACUGCUGUCCUGCUCCAUCAGGGAUUCUCUGUUGUGUUCCCUGUCAGGGCAGUCAUCAGUUGUAGCUGGGCACCAUCUAGUUCUUCUGGUCUCAGGCUAAUGGAGUCUCUGAUUGAGGUACCUUAUUAAUUUAUAAUCUCAGCUGAGUGAAGCAUUUUAUGGCAGUGAAGCAUGUUGCAGCCUUACUAGAACUCUCUUCUGAAAUUAAGGUUUGAAUUACAGGAAAUUAGGACUUUAUUUCUGAAAUAUUUACUCCAAAUUUUUCUCUUUUUGUAACAGGGAAAAGUAUGGUUCUGCCAAAUGUAACCUGCAUGAGCAUCAGUGUAACCUUUGAAUCAGAAUUGGCUAUUAAGUAGACUAGAGUUUUGGUGCAGGUUUUAUAACCAUACCUUGCAUAAAACUAGUAUGUUUGGAGAAAUUCAGUCCAGCUUUGGCUAUUAAAUACAUGACAAACAUGCUUUAUUUCUCCCCAUUUAUCAAGCAUUUGAUUAAUAGAAAAACUUACCAAGAGAGGUUAGGAUAAGACUCAGAUGCUCUACCUCUUACUUAAAUCUAAACAUCAUAAUGGAGUCAGGUGGCUCCUUACCUUAGGUGGGAGACUGGUAUAACAUACAGGUCUCCUGUGUCAUACAAACAGUCUCUGGUGUUUAACCAAAAGAUGUCAAAUCCAUCCUCCUGGACCAGCUGUAAUUAGAUUUCUUCUGAUCCACUAGCUUUUGCGGUGUGGAAAGGUGGGAUGCAGCUUAGAGAGGAGAUGAGUUAUUGACCUGAAGGGUUAAGUCCUAGGAGGGAAAGCAAAAGUUCAAGGAAUGAAGAAUUCAAGGGCCAUUCCUUCCUAUUGGAACUCUAGAACCAUAUAAACUGUUAAAACUGGAGAUAUAGAGCUCUGUCAACUAUGCAAAACCCAGUCAGCAUGGUAGUUUUAUCAUACAUUUCUGCAAUUAAAAUAUUUAAAUAUAAUUGCAAAUGUUAGCAUAAAGACAGAGUGUUUUGAUUUUUGUAACAUCUAGAAGAUAACCACUAUAAUAUACUAGAAGAAUAUUUUAAAAUAUUCUUGAUCAUGAAAACAUUUGUUGUAAAAUCUAAGUAAUUGAAAGAAGAUGCAAAUAAAAAUCAGGCAACUUUGGGUGCUGGGCAAUUAUGACCUUCAUUUCUUCCUCAUGAUUGGGCUUUGGAUAGGAGGGUGGUGUGGGAAGCAGGAAAUAAAUGGUUGGCAUGAUUCCUUCUAUCUUGAUUUCCCAUUGCUGCCCUGCAGUUUCUGAUGGGAAUAGGAAGAGAAGACAUGGAAUAAUGGGUAGAAUGGGAGAUUAGAGGAGAGAAAAGGAAAGAGAGGAGAGAAGGAUUGAAUACGAGGGGAUGGAGACAGAUAGUAGCUAGGAAGGAGAGCAUCAGAAAGAAGGACCUGAGUGUCACUGGGCUCCUCUUCCCAAGCUUGAGUACCAACUCAGGAAAGUCUUAACUUUAUCCACCGGCAUCAACCCAGCUCAGUAGUGUGUAGCUUUUCAGAAUCUGCUGAUUUUUGGUCUUUAAAAAAUACACAGCAUAUAUUUGCUUAAAAAAAUAUAAUCAUCAUUUCACCUUCUUCCAAAAAGUGGUAAAAAUGAGCCAGGUGACAUUUAUUUACAUUUCUUUUUUUGUUGUUUUUUUAAUACAGCCAAGAAAGUAUAUACAUGUAUAUUAAUUAACACAGUAGUUCUGUGUAAUUUAAACCAUAAACUGGUGCUGAUUAAUUUUCUUCAACAAGACAGCAUAUUAAAUUACUAUAUCUAAUGUAUCAAAAUUAAUAAAAUACACUUCUUUCUAGUUUUGUUUCAUUGUUCCUUAAGUUUUUAACAUUUUAUGUUUUCCUAGGGACACAUGUGUUUUAUAUUUUAAUGAUUUUACCUGUUGUAAGAACGGGUGGAGGGGAGAACUCAACAUGCCUCUUUUACCCUUAUAGCUUAAACCAACCUUUAGUUGUACUGAUUGCUGAGUUGGAAUCGACUUGAUGGCAAUGGGUUUGGUUUGGGUUUUAGUUGUAUGGCAUCCAUCCAUCCGUCCAUCCUUCCGUCUGUCCAUCCAUCCAUCCACCAUGCAUUCAACAAAUGCUGAAUAUGGAGUACCAACCCUGCCCCUGACAUUGCUCGAGAUGCUAGAGAUAAUAUAGUGAAUAAUGCAGGAAUAAAAAUAUAAAAGCAUAGAAUGAAAAUAUAAAAGCAUGGCUGAGAUAUGCAAAUUUCUUGUAAUUUUUUUAAGCCUCAAGCUUUUACCAGGGAGGAAGUUGAAGUGAAAAUCAUUGAUUACAUUAUUCUGUAGCAUUGAAGAGGAAUACAUAGAUAGAAACAGCUUAGACUGUCUUUUGUUAUAUCUCUCUCCUGAUUAAGAAAUUGGUGGUAACUUCCUGAGUUUAUAAUCACGUCAAAGUGCUAUUGACAGAGCUUGCCUCAAAUUUCCUGCCUCCAAAAUCAGGUUAGUAACUAAAGUUUUUAAAUCUCGCUAAUUGAUUUUGUAACAGUCCCCCCUUCCUCCCACAGACACACCCCAAAAAACAAACAGUAUAUGUCUCUGUAUUUUGGGAAUUUAUUUUUGAAGUAACAGAAAUAAAAGAGAGAGACCUUCAAUAUUAUCUCAUUUAAUACCAUUUUUACAACAGAGAAGACUGAGGUCACUAGAACUGAGGUCUUAGAAGUUGUAGGUUGAAUCUCUUCUAAUUAUUCCAUAUACCUAGUACUGCUCUGGGUAAAAAAUUUUACUAUAUAAAAGUAAAAUACCUCUGAAAUAGGAGUAUGAUAAAAUUCACCACAUACUUGAAAAUAUUACGCUAAGUAAAAGAAAUCAGACACAAAAGGCCAUCUAUGAUAUGAUUCUUUUUAUAUGAAAUGUCCGGAAGAGGCAAAUCUAGAGAGACAGAAAGCAGACUAGUGAUUGCCAAGGCAUGGGAAGAGGAGGAAAUUGGGACUAACUCUUAAUAGGUUUAGGAUUGCUUUUUAGGGGAAUGGAAAUGUUCUGCAAUUAAACGAUGGUUGCCCAACAUAGUUAAUAUAUUAAAAACUACUGAAGUAUACACAUUAAAAUGGUAAAUUUUAUGUUAUGUGAAGUAUAUCUCAAUAAAAAAUGCUAUAAAAAUUCACCAUAUAAAAUUUAUUUUAGUAAGGUGUAAAUGGGUUGAUGUAUUUGCCGUGUGUUUAUCCAAAUUGUCCAAGAUACAUUUUCUAGCCUUUGCCUCAUGCCUCACCCAGGUUUUAGCUUAUUUGUUUAUACAGUUGAUUGAGGGGAAGGGAAUGCCGAUUAGACAUAUUUUUUAAAUUUAUAGUAUAGCUCUGUUGAUAUUCCUCUUGCUUCCUCCAGUCAAUCAUGGGAGAACUGCCACCGAGGGCAGAGUGUGUCUGGAUGUCUUUAAUGUCUAGGACGCUCUGACUUUCUUAACAUAAACUUUAGAACAGGAUCGUGCAGGAAAUGAAUAUACUGUCCUCAUAAUUUACACAUAUAGCUGUUCAUUUCGAACAGCUUUUAUAGGUCUUACAUUCUGGUAAGCAAUAAAGUUUAGUUUAUCUUAAGACAGAAAGAAACAAAAAUCAACUAACACUUCCAUUAAAGGCCUCAUUGUAACCCAUUACACUUUUUCCAAGCAAUGACAUACAAGUUCACCUUUUGCAUCUAUCCCCAUCUGUAUUUUUGCUUUCCACAGGCAAUCAAUCCCAGCUUACCCUGUAGAAGAACAAUAUGUUCAGACCCAACGAUAUGCUGCUUGCAAAAAACACACUUUAAAUGCCAAACCAAAACCUAACCGAUGGCUAUCAGAGUCCAUUCUGACUCAUAGCGACCCUGUAGGACAGCAUAGAACUGCCCUGUAGGAUUUCCAAGGUUGUAAAUCUCAAUGCAGCAUACUGCCACAUCCUUCUCCCUCAGAGUAGUAGCUGGUAGGUUUAAACGGCUGACCUUUCAAUUAGCAGUUGAGCACUUAAGCACUGCACCAUCAGGGCUCCUCACACUUUAA